GGGAGAGGAGGGGAGGUAGAGGGAGCAGUGAGCGGUGGUUUUAUCUUACGUUUGCCAUCUGUGAACCACUUGCAAACACUGCAUUCAAAACUGUUUAGAGGGAACUGUUGAGUGGUACGAAAAUUUCCAAUAUGUUCUUCAAAGCUUUUCGUCGACACUUUCAUGAGUUCGGGAUCGUUACCUUGUACAACCAUGGCGUACGAGGGAAAAGAAUUAAAGCGAGAUUUCUACUAGCAGCAUUACCCGGUCUUGGGUUUAUUGAUUCUGUGAAAAAGAAGACUUGGGGGCAAAAUGAAGUGGUUUUUAUGGCCGAACCAGUCACGGACCGCAAGAGUUUGGAAGAAAAUCCAUCUGACAUGAAAACUAAAAUGGAACUUCUUAUCAUGAGAAUACAGGCUGAACUGUGCCGGGCAUUGGAAGCAGAGGAAAGUGAUGGGGCGCGAUUCCAAGUUGACAGAUGGCUCAGAAAAGAAGGUGGAGGUGGCAUCACAUGUAUCAUUCAAGAUGGUCAGGUCUUUGAAAAGGCUGGUGUUAACAUUUCAGUAGUUAAAGGCACAUUACCCCCUGCUGCAGUUCAACAAAUGAAAGCAAGGGGCAAAAAGUUUAAGACAGAGGGGGACCUGCCAUUUUUUGCUGCUGGUGUAAGUUGUGUCAUACAUCCUCGCAAUCCAAUGAUUCCCACAAUUCACUUCAACUAUCGGUACUUUGAAGUAGAAGAAUCUGAUGGAUCUCGACAGUGGUGGUUUGGUGGUGGUACUGACUUGACACCAUACUACCUAAAUGAGGAAGAUUCUCGACACUUCCACAGAUCUCUCAAAAAAGCAUGUGAUUCUCAUGAUAAAUCUUUCUACCCAAAGUUCAAAAAGUGGUGUGAUGAUUAUUUCCAUAUUACACACAGGGGAGAGAGAAGAGGAGUUGGUGGAAUAUUCUUUGAUGAUAUAGAUUAUCCCUCACAAGAAGCUGCUUUUAAAUUUGUGACAUCAUGUGCAGAAGCAGUCAUUCCUUCUUAUUUACCCCUUGUUAAGAAACACAAAAGUGAUGGGUAUGGUUAUCAUGAAAGACAAUGGCAACUCCUACGUCGAGGGAGGUAUGUAGAGUUCAAUCUAAUCUACGAUCGGGGAACUAAGUUUGGAUUGUACACACCUGGAGCUCGUUAUGAGAGUAUUCUCAUGUCUCUUCCUUUAGUAGCACGGUGGGAGUACAUGCAUUCUCCGACUGCUGAUUCUGCUGAAGGCAAACUGAUGGAAGUUCUUAAAAAUCCCCGAGAUUGGUUAGCAGAAGAAAGUAAAUCGUCUUGGAUCUGAUUUAAUAUACUUUCCAAUCCAAGGAAAUCACCAAGAGUCAUAUUACUGUAUUCUCAUUGUUUGAAAGUUGUUUUUUUGUGAAAUUCUGCAUAGAUGCAGAUUUUUUAUAAUAUUUUGAAGUUUCCCCUUACUGUAAAGCCAUUUAUUUUCCCAUUUGGUCAUCUCUUAUUUUAGAUUAUUCAAAGAAUGUAGAUAGUUUAUGCAAAUUUGCAGGUAUGUUGCUGAAAGAACUUUACUCUGAAUUAGUUUUAGAGUCAUCACUGUGAUCAGAACUGUUUUUAUUCUCUCUUGUUUACACAUUCUCUCUUCCUCUCUCUUCAUUUGCCUACUGAAGCUUGUUUUACUUCAGCAAAUUUUGUUCAUGACAUUUCCUGUAGGUGUAAGAAGUCUCUUGAUUAUCUUUUUUGAGAGUGCAAUUUAGCUUAAGUGAAGGUGUUUAUAUUUGUUGAGGUGUAUGCCUUGCACUGUUAUGUUUAUUCAUUGGCUGAGAUUUAAAAUAAAAGUUCUUUUUAAAUUAAA